UGUCUGAAAAUAUGGAAAGCCAAGGAUAUAAAAAACUCUCUACCGAUGAAGUUGAGGAAUCCAGAGAGUCGUUUUUGUCCCUUCUCUUCUUCCAUCAGAUGAGUGAUGUUUUCAAGACGGGCAACAAGCGAAAUUUAGACGAGAAGGACUUUCUACCUCUUUCAGAAGAACAUACUUCUUUCUCAACCACGAAAAAGCUUCAAAAGAAAUGGAACAGUGAAAUUACAAAGAGCCAAGAAAGUGGUAGAAGACCGAGACUUUGGAGAAGCAUUAUAAAAACUAUUACUUUUCGGGAAGUGGCUACUAUUAUUUUUUCAGAAGCUUUAAAUUUUAUAAACCGUAUGAUUCAGCCUCUGCUUCUUGCAUAUCUAAUCUCAGCACUGACCUCAGAUGAUCACCACUACACUCUUAUGACGUACGGAGCUGCCAUAGCAAUGGGCAUUAGUCCUUUGAUAGGCUCCUUUGGACUCCAUCAUCGGGCAUAUUGCAGCGAACUGUUUGGAAUAAAAGUCAGCAGCGCCCUUAAAGGUCUCGUUUACAUCAAGACUCUCCUUCUCAGCAAGGAUACGUUGGUGAACGUUUCAACUGGUCGGGUGAUUGACCUUAUAUCAAACGAUGUUCAGAGGAUGGUAGAAGCGCCCUAUUGGUUUUUCCCCUUAGCUUAUGUAUGGCUGGACAUUUUCUUGGCUUCGUUUAUCCUUGCCUUCUUUAUUGGCUGGCAGGCCGUCUUGGGAGUGAUUUUCUUAUGUGUUCUUGUGCCAUAUUACGCCGAGCUUUCCAGUAUGAACGCCCUAAUGCGCCAGCGAACCGCAGCGGAGACUGAUCAGCGACUUUCCCUGAUAACUGAAGUGGUUUCUGGGAUCCGCACGAUAAAAGCAUUUGCGUGUGAGAAUGGUUAUCGCGAGAAAAUACGGAGCAAAAGGAGAAAAGAAAUUGGCAUCAUACGAAAGAACACUACAGUGCUGUCUUGCAUCGCUACUCUGGAGUACACUGCUGCCCCAAUAGGGACCCUGCUGUCUGUCAUCUCUCUCAUGUUAACUGGUCAGCCUCUCACGCCCAGUGUGGUCUUCCUGAUCCUUUCUUACAUUAACGUCCUCAAGCGAAGUGUCUGUACUGAUUUAGCCCAAGGUUUCUUGAAAACGUAUGAAGCUUACGUCUCCCUCAGUAGGAUAGAAGACUACCUUCUUCUUGAAAACCUGCCUUUGACUUCUUCUAACAGGUUCUCUAAGAAGAAAGGGGAUGUAGAAAAAAGCCCAGUCAUUAUGGGGAACCCGCAGAAUAGUUUAAUGGAUUUCACAGAAGCCAUGUAUGAUAAAAAAAGUGAUAGCCAAAAUGACCGUGAAACACAGGAAAAUUUGCGUGUUUCGAGUUUAACGCACAAACAAACGAAAAGGAAGGAUACAUUCAUAUUACAAGAUGUGGAGUUCGACACCACGCUAAAGAGUUUCACAGCGGUCACUGGAGCAGUUGGCAGCGGAAAAUCUACUCUACUCUCGGCAAUCGCUGGCGAGUUGUCAAACGUGAGUGGAACAAUUUCUUUUGGUGGAACGUUCGUCUAUGUACCCCAGAAAGCUUGGAUCUUCUCUGGAACUAUUAGAGAAAACAUUUUAUUCGGUCAGCCUUACGAUGAGAUCAGGUACGCUAGGACAACCGAGGUUUGCGCCCUUGUAGAAGACAUUGGGAGGUUUCCUAACGGUGACCAAACAUUUGUUGGUGAGCGAGGUGCCACUCUGAGUGGAGGUCAGCGCGCAAGAAUUAGUUUGGCGCGGGCGAUAUACCUAGAUGUAGAUCUGUAUUUGUUAGAUGAUCCUCUAAGUGCAGUGGAUUUGAAAGUUGGCCAACAUAUCAUGAAAAACUGCAUCAUGGGGCUGUUAGGAAACAAAACACGAUUGAUAGCUGCUCACCAAGAGGAACACUUAAAAGAAGCCGACCAAGUGAUUGUGCUGUACCGAGGUAAAUUACUUGGAAAGGGUAAAUUUUCGGAGCUUCAAGAAAGAUGCAUUCUAAAUGGCGGCACUGUUACACAGUUCCACAAUGAUCCGAAAGAACUAAAGUCUGACAGCGCUAACAUGGAAAAGAGCAAAAAGGGAGAGGAAGGAAUGGUACAACUAACCAGUAGAGGAAAGGAUAUGGAGAUUUCUGAGGAAAAUCGCUUUAGUGGAAAUGUGUCAUCUAAGCUGUAUUGGAGCUACUUUAGAAGCGGAAUUAGUACCUUACCGAUCAUUGCAACAAUUUGUUUUUUUCUUGUUGCCCAGGGAAUUCUUGUGGCUCCAAAUGUGUGGCUGGCGUUUUUGGUGAAGAGACCACCAGGGGAGCAGCGAUACAAGAGCACACUUAUCAUUUAUGGUUGUUUAGUUUUUGCGUCCGUCAUUUUUAUCUACGUAAGAGCAGCUGUGUUCUUGUUAGUGAGCUUAAAAUGUACUGAAAGACUUCAUGACAAUAUGGUGAUAGCUGUCCUACGAGCGCCAGUUCUUUUCUUUGAUUCUAAUCCCUUGGGUAGAAUUCUCAACAGAUUCUCCGAGGACAUCGGAUGCAUGGAUGAAAUACUUCCCCAAAAGUUUCUACUCUCGAUACAGCUGUCGCUGCUACUUUUGACCACGUUUACUCUACCAAUCGUCGCAAAUCCCUGGCUUCUGAUCUUCUUUUUACCGGUUGCUGUCCUGGUCGGUUUUAUCACGAGAUAUUACCUUAAGACAUCUAGAGACCUGAAAAGAUUAGAGGUAGCAUCUCGUAGUCCGGUCUUGUCUCAUUUAGCGGAAACUAUGAAUGGCCUGGAUACUAUUAGAACAAGAAGCAGACAGAGAGCUUUUGAGGAUAAGUUUCACAGGCAUCAAGAUCUCCACAAUCAGGCUGGUGUCACGUGGAAACAAGGCGCGAGAUGGCUUUGUGUCCGCCUGAGUCUUCUGUCCUGCCUAUUAGUGACCGUAGUGGCUCUCGCAUCGAUAUUGAUGUCACAGGAUGCUGCUUUUGCGGGACUAUCUCUUGCUUACAUCAUCCAGAUUGUUGCCAUAACUGAACUCACUGUCAGAGAAUUAGCAGAUGUCGAGACUUUUAUGACGUCAGUAGAACAAGUGAUGGCAUACACCAAGAUUGAUCCUGAGCCCGGAUACAAACAGGAACGACUUCCACCGGCGCGAUGGCCAAGCGAAGGAAAUAUCACAUUCCAAGACUUUUCACUGACGUACUAUCCUGGCGGUCCGCAAGUGCUGAAGGGCAUCAAUCUGUCAAUUAAAGGAGGUGCAAAGAUCGGAGUGGCGGGACGUACAGGAGCCGGGAAAUCAUCAAUUGUUGCGGGUCUUAUGCGCAUGCCUGACCCAAACGGACAAGUAAUAGUUGACGGCAUUGGAUUGAAAGAUCUCAACAUACAGGCGGCUAGACGAUUCAUAUCCAUCCUUGGCCAAGACCCCGUCAUCUUUGGUGGCCCUUUGCGGAAAAAUCUUGAUUUCGAAGAGCGGUUCGAAGAUGCUGAUCUGUGGCAAGUGCUAGAGGAUGUGCAGAUGAGAGACUUUGUAGAAAGGCUCGAUGGACAGCUGAAUUAUGAGUUAUUAGAACAUGGGUCGAAUGUAAGUGUCGGAGAGCGGCAGCUGAUUUGUUUGGCCCGUGUGCUGUUGCAACGAAAUCAAAUUGUCAUCUUGGACGAGCCUACUGCGAACGUGGAUCCAGAUACAGAACAAACCAUUUGGAAGGUAGUACGCAAGAUGCUCAAGAACUCCACAGUCAUCAUUAUAGCGCAUCGAUUACACACGAUUCAGGACUGUGACAAGAUUCUUGUUUUCCAUAAUGGCGAAAUAACCGAAUAUGAGAGUUUGGAUGAGGCCAGCAAGCACCUUACAUAGAGUUUCCCAAUUUAUAGGCAAAAGCCUCCAUUUGGCGCAAUUAAUGCACGGAUAUUUGUUCGCGGACAUUAUCUUUGUUGAGAUGCGAGCAUGCUGAAAUUUGUUCACGUAUAUUAUCAGAGCUUUGAUAGCACACUGCUUUUGCCAUGCUUUUAAUUGAAUGGAUAGCUUUAUUAGACAGCAUAUACAUUACUUACCUCUUCAUGAUUGGAAGGUACGCUUCAUUUGCGCGAUCCGAUUGGUAUACCCUGAAAGGUAUUAUGGAUAGAUUUCAGAUCACGGUUCCUUUACCUAGACCAAAUGAUUUCAGGGAAAUCUAUGAAAACGGGCGAAUAUAAGGGCGAGGAAUCGCGAGUUUGAUCAAUUUAUCUACUUAUUUUGCAUACUAAAAUUCGUUGAUUAAAAGAUACCUAAAAUACCUUUCAAGAACGGUGUGUGCAUUUUUUACUCUUUUCUUCUAUUACAUUUUCUCACCGUUGAGCAAAAAUACCCUACAUUUCUGGGCGGGUAGCUUAGAAGAAAACUUCCGUAUUUUCUGGAUAUCAGACAAAUUGGAAGAACAAAAAAACCGCAGGCUUUUCGAACCAACGAAUAAGUUUGAUACAAUUUACAACUUCGUAGACCCAACUUUCAUGUUUUACAGAAGAUAUUAAUGUUUCCUCUACAUUAGUAAUGUAAUGUGAUCAUAUCAUAUAAUUAUAUCAUAUCACGUAAUCGAUGUCACUUUUGUUCUCGUUCCCUGGGGAAGCUCCUUGUAAAAGGCUUGUGGUUUAUGGCAGCCUGCCACCCAAAUAUAUCAUUUAUCAUGAUCCGUACAGUACUACUAAAUAUUGUCCUUUAUUCAAUUUUUCUCAGCUUAUUUACAAGAUUUCUUUAGUAUUUUCACUAUUUUCAUUCUCCUACUUAUUUUCUUUACCUCUCGUAAUUUUCAAAUCAUGGAUUGAUUGUAACUAACAAUGGACGGAAAAUUAAAUGAAAGGUGUCUCACGUGA